UUUUUGCCGUGUAACUUUAAGAAUGUGAAAGCAGUCAAGGGGGUGUGUCCUAUUUUACACAUCGCUCUUUUCGGUGAGAUGGGACAAUGUCCAUUCCAAAGUAACAAGGCUAUUUGUAUGAAAGUAAAAAGGCUUAUGAACAAAGAAAGCAAAGCUGUUGUACAUAUUUGUAGUUGGCUGUGCAUGGUACAAAUUUAUUAAUAUGAAGAAAUGCAAAAAUGUAUUGCUUUUGGUAUUCCUAUUCUGAGAUGAACAAGUAGCAUGUAAUGCAACUGUUUGACAGGUUAAAUCAAAUCAUGCUUAAAAUUGUUUCAAAGGAUGAAAUCACGUUACAUUUUCAUUUUACUUUUAUUUUACUUGUACAGGUUGUUUGUUUUUUUGUUUUGUUCUUGUUAAAGAUCAAACGCUAAUUUCACAGCAGUUUUUAUUAACCUGCAUUUUUAUGUGAACUUUUCAACGUUCUUAUUUGAUUUUAGUAUUUUUAACGUUUAUUUUAAUCCUGAAGACACUUUUUGAUUGUGUUUAAUAAGAGACGUGUUGGCCUCCAAAGGUGCAAUCCUUCCUCUGUACAAAUAUGAGCUACUGUCCUGUUUCCAAAGGCUUUAAGAACAUUGCUUUCGCCUUUUCUUCUGAAUGUGGAUCAGCAUUGCAAGACUGAGUUGUCAGUCAACACUAUGUGCAAAUGGUGUGUUGGCGUGGAAACAAAGAAAAAAAAAAGAAAAUGCCUCCCACACAAAGGACCGGUAAAGCAAGCAAGAAAACAAACAAACAAACAAACAAACAAAACAGAAAACAAACAAAAAACAAUGGAUGGUCUAAUAACAUAACUGUACAUAAAUGUUGCAACUGCACAGCAGCCAAAAACCUUUUUAUGGAUGGAUAGCGUCAAGUGUAAGAGGACAGCCUUCAAAAGGUUGAAAUUAGGAUUGUUCUCCUGGAUAUCAAAAAAAGGGAUUAUCACGGCGCAAUCAUAUUCUACACAAUAUGUACUCGCAAUGCCUGGGUAACACAGGACACGCACCCUGAGGUUUUAAUAAAAAGCCCCUAUGGCUAAAACUUUAAAUAAACUAAACCAAAAAUGUUAUUGAUGUUUUAUAUAUAGAGAGUAGUCUCAUUAGUUUUUGUUACUGUAAUGUUUGAAGUCUCAACUGUACCGUAUUACGGUAAUAACAUGGUUUUGAAACUUUUUUUUUAUUUUGUCACAGACCUGUUGUCAUAGUUGAAAUGACGUUUAUUGUAGAUGGUAUUUGAACAACUUCUGGAAAUAGUUCAUCAAGUAUGUUUGUUGCUCAUUGUUGUGAUACAUUAAAAACUGUAUCUGCAAACCA